AUGACGACUUACGAACAAGUUCAAAAAAAAAAAAUACCAAUAAUUCCAUACGAAAAUUUUGAAGAGUUGAAGGAUGAUACAUCAAAUAAUGCUCCAAUAUUCGCCUUCGAUAAUAAGAAAGUAACCUUAAAGUUAUUAGUAAAUGAAAAAUGUGAUAAACAAGGCAUUAAAAAAUUGCUGCUCGAGCUUAGGCAAUUUGACCAUGAAAAUAUUCUCAAGACUUAUGGUCUUACGAAAGUUCCAAAAUUAACCAGCAUAGGGGUAUCGAAAAUUAAUACUCCUGAUGGUUUUCCGUUUACUCCUUACAAACCUCCAGAGCUUUUAACCUCACAACAAUUAAACAAACAAAAAGAUGGAACGAAAUUAAAUAUUUUUAGCUUAGGUGUAUUAUUUUGGGAGGUCUCUAAUAAUGGCAACCCACCAUUUAAUAACAGGUUCGAUAUUACACUUGUGGUUAAAGUAAUCGAUGGUUUUCGGGAAUCGCCAAUAAAAGGAACACCUAAUAAAUAUGUUGAGAUAUAUAUAAAAUGUUGGGACGGAAAUCCAGAUGAAAGGCCUAGUUGUAAUGACAUUCUUGAGGAACUGAAAGAGAUUUCAUAUGAAGAUGUGGAUAAAAAUCUGGUACAAGAGCAAGAUCGUGUUCCUGACCCUGAAGAUACUCCUUUAUCUCCUGAUAUUACUCCAGAUGAUGCUUUUGAUUUAAAUACCGAACAUUUGUUAGAUUUUGACUUUCUGGAACAAGAAAGAGAAAGAAAGAAAGUGUUCGUUAAACGUUUCGGCUUAACCAAGGGACGUAAUAGAGAUGGUUAUGAUUUUGUUCCAGGAGCAAAACACAUCUUGGAUGACAAUGGAACAUUCAAUACUGAGAAGAUAGAGCAUUUCACCCCAAUCGUUUAUCUCGCAAAAGUAAAUACUGAACCAUGGGGCUUUUUGAAUAAGUUUACUCUGUUUCCACGUAAAGACAAAAAAGUCCCAUACGGUGUGGAUUUUAUAAGAAUUCAUAUUCCAGUCGCUGAUGUAGAAUAUGAAGGCCAUUUAACUGAUGAAUUUAUUCACGAAAUCAAAGAUGCUCUUGAGAUUUUAGAUAAUCAAGAAAAAAGAACUAAAUUAAAAGAAAUAUUUACUGAAUAUGGCAACUACAUAAUUACUAAAUUUACUAUCGGUGGUGCAAUUAUGAUCGAUGCUCAUGAUAUUGAUGAUGAAAGCUUAUUAAGAUUCCAAGUGUACCUAAAAUGGGGUAUAAACUUCGCGAAAGGUGAAACUCAUGCAAUUUUUGAAAAUGGAUUACUGGAAGGAUUUCCACGUUUCGAAACAUUUCCUUCAAGACCUAUGGAUAAUGUUAAGGAUUUAUAUACAUGGUUAAAAAACUUGCACGACUGCCAAGACGUCGAACUGAUUUUAUAUAAAAGCUAUAAACCAUUUUAUGAAUUAUUGGAUAAUAAUUUUAAGGAUUUAAAGGAAAAAAUCUUUGAAUGCUUUUCUUUAAAUUCAUUUAAUCCUGCUGAUGAGCUUCCAAUACUAAUUCCACAACUUCCUCCUGAAUUCGAGCAAGAAACAUUUUCAGAAUGGACGUCAUCAUCAAAAUCUUCUUUAUUACCAUAUGUUCGCGAUUGGAUUGAAGAACUUUCAUUGCGGUAUGGAGUUCUAUUACAACAUUCAAAAUUGGAAUAUGGAAAUAAGAAGGCAUUUAAAUUUUUAAGAGAACCUGAAAUUACCCGUAUAAAUAAACUUAUUGUUUUACUAGUGCAACCUAACAAUCAGCAAGAUGCUUAUCUAUUAGACAAUGGCAUUGAUUUAAAAAUGGCAGAUAAACUGAGAAUUGGUGAAACUCCUUUUACUGAUUUUAAAUCACCAUUGAAUUACCCAGUAGAAGAUUUAAGAACCACUAAAAAUAAAUCUUCCAAAAAAGUUUUUUGUCAAAUUAUAUAUCAAGCAGCAAGACUUUCUUUCGAUUUACCAUACAUAAAAGCAUCAGAACCGUAUAUUGAAGAGGUUGAUAAAGCUAUCGAAAGCCAUCAACCCUAUAAAGAACUCUCUGAAUUAUUUAAUAGAUAUUAUGGACAUAUAUUACCUAAAACUAUUGUUAUUGGUGGAAUUUUAAAACGAUCAUAUGAGUCUUAUAAAAUAAAUUCAGUUAAAACUUCGAAAAUAGAAAUUGAUAUUAAUACAUCUCAGGAAGAAAUUGAGAAUCGUUUAGUAGAAUUGAGUGAAAAAUACAAUAUUGAUACUUCAUUAUUUCUCAGUCAUUGUGGACAAGUAAUUGAUCAAGAUCAGAUAGAAGAUUGGUGGAAAUCUCUCAAAGAUAGUCCCGAAAAAUGGAAAAUUAUUUCUUUUGAAGAUUGGGAGCCAUCGUACAAAGUUUUAGACCAAUCAUGUAGUGAUGUGGAAGUUGUUUUGGAUGAUAAAUGUCAUAUUGUUUUCGAAGGGGAAAAUUUCUUAACCUUAGAUAAUCAAUUGAGUGUUAUCAUUGAUUUUCCAGGACCAAUUUCAGAAAGCGAUAAGAGCUGUCAAGUAUAUGGUGAAAUUGUAAAAAAAGUCAUCUCUGAUAAAAAUGAAUACUGGGAAACUGUUCCGAAUGUAACAAUCACAUUUGAUUACAUCAGUAAAUCUGGAUGUGUUGCACUCAUUCACAAUAAUAGUGGUAUAAGUUUAAAUAAAGAUGAAACGAAAAUUUUAUGGUUUGUACUUGCCAAAUUGAAAGGAUAUUCAGAGUUAAACUAUAGGGAUAUUAAGGUCAUCUAUGGAGAACGUGAAAUAGAUGACAUUCAAUCUGAUAUAGUAUUGAAAACAGAUGAAGAGAUCUAUGCCGAUAAUGUUCUUGUGACUUCUUUAGUGCCUAAGCCGUUUAAAGACAUAUCCAAUUAUAAGAUUGUUCUUAAAAAUUGGGCAAAAAAUACCAUCAUAUUGGGAAUCGAACGAGAAGGGCAAGAGAAUUCUCAAGAGUCGUCAGGACAAGUAUCAGAUGAGGAUCUAGAAGAAAGUUCAGAUGAUGCGAAAGAAGAACCAAUAGAAAUUAGUUCAGAGCCAAAUCCUCAGGAAAAAAUUAUUCUCAACUAUUGUAUAAUUAAUGCAGACGAAAAAAAGGUGGAUAAAGCAUGUAACUGGAAUAUAUACGGAAUCAAUCUUGACGAAGACUUAAAGAAUGAUGAUAUCAACUAUCAUUAUGAUCCUAGUUAUUCACCCAUGACUUUGGAGGAAGCGAUAGAGCAGCAUAAAAAGCCUAAUGGUAAUACUCUUGAUGCAUGGAAAAGUUUUAUUAAAAUCAGAAAUGAUAGUGGCGACCCUAAAGCUACUUAUUGGAUUGGGUAUUAUCUUGAGAACAAUAAAAAAAUUCUCAAUGCAUCUACACAAUUUUAUAAAGACGUCCUUGAAGAAACAAAAGAACCCCUUCAACAAGCUGCAAUGAGAUAUUAUAAAGAAGCAGCUGAUUAUGGGGAUUCAAAUGGAUUACUUAGUUACGGUUAUUGUUUAUUUUCUGGAAAAGGUGUUCUUCAAGAUAAAUUAGAAGCAAAAAGGUACUUUGAGUUAUCUUCGCAAAAAGGAAACGUUGAUGCUAUGUAUAAUUUAGGUGGUAUUUUAUACAUGGAUGGUCAUACUGAACGAGGCAAAAUGUGGUUAACGAAAGCCGCUCAAAGUGGACAUCCUACUUCUAUAAAAUUUUGUAGGGCUAGGAAUAUAAGUUUUUAA